AUGUCUCACUUUUCGUCAGGCUUUCUCGGAGGACGCCCGAUUCUAGCCCCAAUGCAUUCUGGUGCCGUCCCCGCUCUUCUGUCGGGAUCCACCGCUAACGUGAAGCUGUGGUGAAGACCCAGACUUUCUUCAGACAUGUCUGUCAGGGAGUCCUUUAAUCCUGAAAGCUAUGAGCUGGACAAGAACUUCAGGCUCACACGCUUUGCUGAGCUCAAGGGCACCGGAUGCAAGGUGCCCCAAGAUGUGUUACAGAAGCUGCUAGAAACCCUACAGGAGAACCACUAUCAAGAGGAUGAACAGUUCCUGGGGGCAGUUAUGCCUCGAUUAGGCAUAGGAAUGGACACCUGUGUGAUCCCCCUCAGACAUGGAGGCCUUUCUCUGGUCCAGACAACAGAUUACAUCUACCCCAUUGUGGAUGAUCCCUACAUGAUGGGAAGAAUAGCUUGUGCCAAUGUUCUAAGUGACCUGUAUGCUAUGGGUGUGACAGAGUGCGACAACAUGUUGAUGCUUCUGGGAGUCAGCAACAAAAUGUCAGAGAAGGAGAGAGACAAAGUCAUGCCACUGGUCAUCCAGGGAUUCAAGGAUGCAUCAGAGGAGGCAGGCACAUCUGUAACAGGAGGACAGACGGUGCUCAACCCCUGGGUGGUGAUGGGAGGAGUUGCUACAACUGUCUGCCAACCAAACGAAUUCAUCAUGCCAGACAAUGCAGUGCCAGGAGACGUGUUGGUGUUGACCAAGCCUCUUGGAACACAAGUGGCUGUUGCAGUACAUCAGUGGCUAGAUAUUCCUGAAAAGUGGAACAAGAUCAAGUUGGUGGUAACCCAGGAGGAUGUAGAACUGGCCUACCAUGAAGCCAUGAUGAACAUGGCACGGCUCAACAGGACAGCGGCUGGUCUUAUGCACACCUUCAACGCUCACGCAGCCACCGACAUCACAGGGUUUGGCAUCCUAGGUCACGCUCAGACGCUGGCGCGGCAACAACGAAGCGAGGUAUCGUUUGUCAUCCACAACCUCCCAGUGCUUGCCAAGAUGGCGGCCGUGUCCAAGGCUUGUGGGAACAUGUUUGGACUCAUGCACGGCACCUGCCCUGAAACUUCAGGAGGCCUGCUUAUUUGUCUGCCUCGGGAGCAAGCUGCCCGCUUCUGUGCCGAGAUCAAGUCCCCAAAAUACGGUGAAGGCCACCAAGCGUGGAUCAUCGGAAUUGUAGAGAAAGGAAACCGCACUGCUCGCAUCAUUGACAAACCACGGAUCAUAGAGGUGGCACCACAAGCAGCCACGCAGAAUGUCAACCCAACUCCUGGUGCAACUUCUUAAUCCACCUUUGCAUCAUAGACCGGAACCCCAAAACUCUGCAGAGUGCUUUUAGACACAUACACUACAAAACCAUCCUAGAGUGUUGAAAUAUAUACAUAAAAUAGUAUGUACACACAAGACUGGGUUGGCGUGUAUCUACAUGAAAAACAGCACCACACAGUGGCCCAAGGGGCAUGCCAUCACCCAGUGGACUCAACCUGCAGUAUCCCAAUGAUUACAAAAUUGGUAAGAAUUAGAGCAUACUUAAAAUCCAUUUGCCUUUUGUGUCUGUCGUAUUUUGUUAUGUUCCAUGUGUGUGAUCAGCAGGCAACUUCUGAUAAGAGGGCGAUGGUGAUGAAGACAAUUAUGUGAUACUGUUGAUUCAUUUUGAAUCUUAGGAAAUCUGGAGUCUGUUGCCUCUUUGGCUCUUUUAAAAUUGCUCUCAUCAAGCAGGCGGACCGCAUGAUGGUGUUUUUGUUUGUCCAUUCACUUUGUACAGUUAUAAAGUCUAGUUUUAGUUCAUUGCUGUAACUGAUGCCUUGAAAGAAAAAGUGACAAGAAUGGUUUGUUUUUUAUUACUUUGACUUUUUGUAUUCUCCCUACCUAAACUAAUAAAUAUUACAAUAGAAAA